CCUUGUUUUACUGAAGGUUCCUGCGUGAGGUUUCUGAGCUGUAUGAUCCUUCCCAGAUUGCUAGCGUCAGCUACAUUUUUUCCACAACCAUCGCUGUCAUUGCUGGGGCCACGUUUUACUUAGAGUUCAAUGGUUCGGAUGCUCUUCACAUCUGCAUGUUCAUCCUCGGCUCCUGCAUCGCCUUUCUAGGAGUUUUUUUGAUUACGCAGAGCAAGAAGAAGGCCUUUGAACCAUACAUCAACAUGGAUGUGAUUCCAGGGCUCAGGAGCAUGUUCGUUAAGAGUCCAGUGCAGCCGGAACUGAGUGGCUCUUUCUCCUACGGCACCCUGGAGCACAGUGCCAACCCAGUUGAUAAUCAGCAUCCUGAUGUCCCGCUGGACACGCAACAUGAGCUCAAUUCCUCUCACCCAGCGAGUGCGUCCAAGCAAGACUGAGCGCUGAACCUGAGAAGGAUGAACCCUGCCAUCCAGGCCAGUCAUGGGCUCUGCUGGAGCUGCCCUCAGUUUCCCUUCCUUGGACUCUCCACCCUGUGACUGAAGCAACAGUGUGAGAGAACCAUCACCGUCCCACGAGCUCCCAUCAUUGCUCCCCACUUACUGCUGUAAGAUCUGAGGGAGCAACCAAACAUGGUACGGAGUAAUGAAGCUACAUUACAUGGGGAGACUCCUGCCCCGUCCCACGUGACGAAUUACUCGUUGCACUUCCGAUCCUUACUCACUUGGAUAGCUGAUCUGCAGCUAAGCUCCUUGCGUGUUCUGGCACAGGCUCCUUGGUGAUUAAAAUGCAAAGCUUCACCUUAUUUAAUGAAAGUUUGUAUUUGCUGUACAGUAAAACUCUGAUAAUCCGGCACACUUGGCACUUUAGUGGUGCCAGAUUAGCAAAUUUGCUCUUAUUAUGUCCACAGCACAUUUUUAAUUCACUUCUGCAUCAAUAUGACAGGUUUCCCAGUGAACCAGUUACAUUUAAAAGGAGCACGGAAACAGGACAGGUCAGUUGAAAGACAGCUCAGGAAGUGGCCCCCCAGCAAUCCAGAAGGGAGCUCAGGGAUCAGGGCCCUGGGGAGUCAGGUGGGAGCGUGGGAACUGGGGCUCCGGUGAAUGGAAGGGAGCACAGGAACUGGGGCCCGGCGGGUCAGACAAAGUAUGGGAACUAGAUCCAUGAAUGGGAGCGAGCAAAGCGGGGCAAAUCGGAAGGGAGUGAGGCAAACUUUCCCCAGUGAGCCAGAUGCCCAACAAUCGGGUGCUCUGAACGGUUGGUUAGCGGAUUAUGAGAGUUUUACUGUAUGCUGAGUUCAUUGGUUUAAAAUGUCUGUUUUAUCUCUAUUUAAAGAAACACCGGUUUGUUAUUUUCUGCUGGACAGUAAAUGUCUCCUCCGUACUGUUAAGUAACGGAGACAAAUAACUGGUCAAUAAAGAUGUGCAUUUAUA